GCUUAAAUGCGAAAACAGAGAGAGAGUCUCAACUGCGGCGGCUGGAAUUUGUUUCCCUAAGGAGACGAAAUCUGAAACCUUUCUGAAUUCAAUCUCACAGUUUCAAUGAUAGAAAGCUUGAUCUGUACCUCGGAAAUGAAGAAACCCGUAGAUGGGUUCUCUGUUUCUGCUUCAUCUUCUUCUAAUGGAACUCUGUUUCAGAGGAGGAUCGAAUUUCAUCCCGCUCGGAAGCCUUUCACUGGUUUUAGUAAUGGCAGUGAAGAUUUCCGUAUAGAGACUUUGAAUCCCAGCUCGGAUUCUCAGAGAUCCGCCUCCCAAAAGGCUGUUGCGUUGGCUUCGGUGGGGAAGAAAUCAGAGGGCGGUGAUUUUUUUGAAAUUGGGUUGGAUCCAGAGCUUAUUUCUGGGACUACGCUUCGAAGAAUCGGUGCUGGGUUGGAAAAUCUGGGGAAUACUUGUUUUCUGAAUUCAGUAUUGCAAUGCCUGACAUAUACAGAGCCCUUUGCCGCAUAUUUGCAGAGUGGGAAGCAUCAGUCUUCAUGUCACACUGCUGGAUUUUGUGCAAUGUGUGCCAUCCAAGAUCAUGUAAGGCGUGCUCUACAAUCCAGUGGGAGAAUAUUAGCCCCAAAACAUCUCGUGAUGAACUUGCGGUGCAUAUCUAGGAAUUUUCGUAAUGCUAGACAAGAGGAUGCACAUGAGUAUAUGGUUAACUUGCUGGAAUCGAUGCAUAAAUGCUGCUUGCCUUCUGGGGUACCAAGUGAAUCCCCUAGUGCUUAUGAGAAAAGCUUGGUCCACAAGAUCUUUGGUGGUCGUCUCAGGAGUCAGGUGAAAUGCAUGCAAUGUUCUUACAGCUCCAAUACAUUUGAUCCAUUCUUGGACUUAAGUCUUGAAAUAGUCAAGGCAGAUUCAUUGCUUAAGGCACUCAGGCAUUUCACAGCCAUGGAGCAAUUAGAUGGAGGGGAGAGGCAGUACCAGUGUCAACGCUGCAAGCAAAAAGUCAGGGCUUAUAAACAACUUACAGUUCAUAAGGCCCCUUAUGUCCUCACCAUCCAUCUGAAGCGUUUUGGUUCACAUAUUCCUGGACAGAAGAUUGACAAGAAAGUUGAGUUUGGACCUACAUUGGACUUGAAACCCUUCGUCAGUGGUACCUAUGAAGGGGAACUGAAAUAUACUCUUUAUGGAGUUCUGGUUCAUGCCGGUUGGAGUACUCACUCAGGCCACUAUUACUGCUUUGUUCGCACAUCAAGCGGAAUGUGGUAUUCUCUAGAUGACAAUCGGGUUGUUCAGGUAAGCGAGAGGACAGUGUUAGAGCAGAAGGCGUACAUGUUGUUCUAUGUUCGUGAUAGGAGAAGCCUUGUGCCAAAGAAACCAGUUGAUGGUUUUCACAAAGAAAACAUGGUAUCAAAUAUCAUUGAAAACAAAGGGUGGCCUAAUUCUGCCUUCAGUCUUAAGGAAACAGUUCAAAAUGUUCUGAUUGAGAAAAGAUCAUGUGGUAUGGAUUAUUCUGGUACUGCGGCUCAAAGAGAUGCAUUAAGUGGUAGUGCAGUUAAGGGGCCUCUCCUAAAAGAAUUUUUUGUUAAAUCUAAUGGCCUGGUUGUGCCAGGUCUUGUUGUAUCAAAAGACCAUGAGGUGCUUUUACCAAAGCAGAAUUCGUCGAAAAAUCCAAUGAAGGGGCAAUCUGUUUCACACCCUACCAAUGGGCACCUCGAGUCAGAAAUCAUGCUACAAUCUGCUCAAUCAUCAGUAAAAGGCUAUAAUAGUACUGCUGCUCAUUUAAAUGAUGCCACUGUUACACCUUAUGGUGACAAAAUUAAUGGAACUGGGAGUGAAGGCUCCAAGAAAGAGUUGAGUGUCUCUGUUGCUACACCAUCUGAUCAUAAUUUUGCUGGAACUUCUUGUCCCGAGAAACCCAUCACAGAGAACGUGGCGGACAAGAUUGGUGUUAUGAAUGAGAUAGAAGUGAGCAAAGCACCACCUGCGCUGGGUUGUGAUAAAAAGCCUGAAAAAGUAAAUGCAGUCAGUCAGUCAUAUCAGUCAACUGUGGUAAACAAUCAGAUUGAAGUUAUCUCCCGUGAGAUGAGCCCUACUGAUGCAAAAUGUCUGAAGACAGGAAAGAAUGAUCCUAGAUCAAUAGAACUUGGUUGGGUAGAGAAUUCUAGCCAAUCAAACAAAAUAAAUGGACAUGUCCAGAAGGAAGAUUUUGAUCACCAGCACCACUGGAAGGUGACCAAGACAAAGAAGAAACUUCAGAAAUCUCGUGUUGCUAGAAUGUUUCUUGGCUCCAACCUACUUUUCAGGACAUCUUUGACCCUGAGGAAGAGAAAGAAGCACAAAAGAAGCAAACACCUCAAUGUAAUGCUCAGAGGUAUCACACAAGAAGAGUUACUGGAUGGAAAUUGUAUCUCAGGAGAUCCUGGGCCAUCUACAUCGGAGAAGACCAUUAUGCUUUCCCAUGAUUCAACUGGUGUACGAAAGAAGAAGUCAAGGUCUGGUGCAAACAAAGCAAAUGGUUAUGCGACUAAGAAGAAUUCCAGAGUUACCAAUGGGAAUUUCUGUACCAGCAAUAUAGAUGGAGAUCACAGAGAGAGAAUUGAUCAGAACAAUGCUGAGCUUUCAACCAAUGAAUCUCCACAGAAGAGUGUGAGCUUAAUCUCAGCAGCGAACAAUGUAGGAACUAGAGAACCUGAAGGUUCAGAAGAUCAGAAGAAGACUUUGGUUCAGAGUCAAUUGAGAAAUAUGCUUAUGAGAGGUUUUGAGGAGACCAUUGCACAUUGGGAUGGGAUAGAAUUGCCUACAUCACAGAUUCUAGGAUCAAGCAGCAGACAGAGUGCCAACAUUGGUUAUGUAGCAGAUGAAUGGGAUGAAGAAUAUGAUCGUGGGAAGAGAAAAAAGGUUAAAAGUAACAAGAGAAGCUUUGGGGGACCCAACCCUUUCCAGGAAGUCGCCGCUAUGAAGACACAACUGAAGAAAGUGAAGAUGGAUCAGACAAGCUCUGGAAACCAACCUAUAAGGAUAUGAAGGAAGCUGCGUUGGCCUGCUCCUAUUUUCGACUAUAAAUGUAGAGGAGGUUAUGGCUGUGCGGUGGAGAUUGUAACAGUGAGAAGCUCUCGAAGCAAUUGAAUUUCCGGUUAUUUCUUUCCCUUUUUCCUUUUUCGCUUUUUAUUCUUUGGAGAGAGUGAGGCUGUGCAAAGACACUUGGGGAACUAGUAUGGGGUUAAUUGAUUAAUGUAUGAAGAGAUACAUAAGCUGAGAGGGAGCUUUCUCUCCAUUGUAUUAUC